AUGAGCAUGUUAUUGCUUUCAGAGGGCUGCAAAGGACUAGAAUCCGUUCGACUUGGAGGGUUUUCCAAAGUUAGUUAUGCAGUUUUCGCUUCAAUUCUCAACUCGUGUUUGAAUUUGAAGAAGUUUGAGGUUAAAAACGGUGUUCGUUUACCGGAUUUGGCAUUCCAAGAUUUCAAUAAGGUUCCUAGGUCCCUUGUAGAGGUAAAGCUGGUGUCGUGCAAUUCGAUAACCAGUAGAGCAGUGUGUGAAGUGGCAAAAUGUAAUUCAUUAGAGGUUCUUGAUUUGAAUGGCUGCAUAAGUGUUGGAGAUUCGGGUAUGACUGUUUUAGGUAAAGGGAAUGCUCCCAUUUCAUGCCUUUCGCUAAGAGGUUGCUGGUCGGUCAGUGAUCGUGUUACAGAUGCAUCUGUGAAGGCUUUGGCUUUAAAGGGAACGUUACGGAGGCUUGAUCUUUAUUACUGCACUGUAUUAUCUAGUGAAUCUUUGCAAUUUCUGAAGAAGCCUUUUUUUCGUGGUUUACAAUGGAUUGGAAUUGGAUGGACCAGAUUAGUUCAUGUAGAUGUUGUGUUUGCUGAAAAUUUCAGAGAACGAAAAUGGCCUACUGUUUGCAGUUAUGGGUGUGAGGUGGGUUGUCGUGAUGGAUGGCAAGAUCAUGAGUUUUCGUACUGGUUUUUUUCUGUUAGUUGGUAA